GUCAUUGCAAGUUGAAUACCUUUCAUCGCUCCGAACAUGUCAGAUCCAUGAUCAGUCUACUUCAUGCCAUCUUCUUCUCAUGACACGUUACACUCAAUGGGACUGGCAGGACAAGUAGCAUGACUUUAAUGCUACUUGUUUAUGAGUUUGAAUGGAUUUGAUAUAAACAGUUGGAUUAAAUGAUUUCUCCGUCAAUUAUCUUGUAUUGCUCAUCUAGGAGUCAAACUUUUGAAAUAAUUCCCGCGGUCUCCAUGCUAGUUUGGUUGUUAGGAUACCUUACAACAGAAGUUUGUAAACAUGGACUUAUUUGCAUCAUCACUCCAUGUUUUCGUGUUUGUUUGCUUCGUUGUUUCAAUGGGAACAACCAUGGCAACACACAGGCCUUUACGCAUGGUGGUAAAGGACUUCAGAAUUCCAUUAAACCAAAACGCUGUAGAUCCAGCCGCAGCGGACCAGACGAACGAAUCACAGAACGGUGCAUCAGAUGACUAUUCCCCGUCAUCCAGCACAGAGAGUGGAGAGAGUGAAGAGUCAGUCACAACCGACGGAGACGCGGUUGGAAUCCCAGCCGGAGCGGCCAACCCAGGUACCAACCGCCGUGCCCCGAUAAAGCGGAUCAUACCGGAUCACAGCAACACGCCGUCGGUCGCUGACCCAUACAAGAAAUCUGCGCAAGACAAUCACUGGCAUUUUAAGAGUUCGACGACAGUGGCGGUUGCAGCUGUUGCGGUUGCAUUGGUCGCCCUUAUCGCGUCGCUAGGGGUUGGAGCCGCGAUAAUGUCUCAUAAGAAUAGAUUGGAAGCCGCAGCGGGAUUCCUGAGAACCGAAGGAUACGUAGAAAUGCUUGAAAUACCAACACAUGACGAACAAGAGUUAUGUAAUAACGUCAAUUCAUAACUGCCUAAUGCAUGUGGAUCAUCAUUUCGAUUGCGCCAUUCCUGCUAUGGUGCUAAUGAAAGCUAUGAACGGAAUUAACCCUGCGCCAAUUGAUUCAAAGCACCGUUUGCACUAUUCAUUUUGCAUUCCUUGUUGUGCUACGUCAGUCUGACAUGAUGCGUCAAAGGUCACGCCGGUCGCUGACGCACUCCUACGUCAACAUAUCACAACGUGCGUGCAACGCACUUCAAGUUCCUUCUUUUUUAAAUGAUCUACGAUAUUAAUAAUGACUCGAGCGAAUACAAAUUGACGGAGCAAAGCGUGAGACGCGUGAAGUUAUUACAUCAAAGUUUACGUGUGUAGUUGAAAUUUGCCAGUUAUCUCAAGAUACAGACAUAUGACCAACACAACCCUAGCUGACAGAACAAGGUGAAAGGUUUCUAACGAAUGCUGAUGAAUCGUCAUAAAUAUACGCAUGCGC